CAGUCACUGAUGCUGAUGCAGCCUCCGCCUCCAGCCUCUCACACAAAGAGCCGACCUCUCGUUGCUUUCCUGUUUCCGGCGCUGCUGGUUAACACACAAGCUGCUGCUGCUGCUGCUGCCCGGGCCCGGGGACACAGUCCUGCAAUAACAAAGUUACAGCGGACACUUGGACAAACAAGGAAGGAGCGAGUGGUCCACACUGUCUGCGGGAUGGAAGCAGGUCUUUGCAAAGAGAAAGUGGCGACUUUCACCAAAAGCUUCAAGGCGGUUCCGCACUACAGCUUUGCCCAGAACGUGGCCACCAGCGGGGACCUUCUGCAAGCCUAUCUCCACCGUCUGGUCAUCCAGGAAACGUCGCACGUCUUCAAGCACGUCCUUCCUGUCGAGGGGAAGCCGAUAACCAAUCAGAAAAACACAGGCCGCUGCUGGAUAUUUUCCUGCCUCAAUGCCCUGCGCCUUCCAUUCAUGAAGAAAUUCAACAUCGAAGAAUUUGAGUUCAGCCAAGCCUACUUAUUCUAUUGGGAUAAGCUCGAGCGUUGUUACUACUACUUGAACGCGUUUGUUGAUAUCGCUAAAAGAACUGGCGAGGAGAAGGAGCCAGUGGACGGCAGGCUGAGUCAGUUCCUGCUCUCCAACCCUUCCAACGAUGGCGGCCAGUGGGAUAUGCUGGUCAAUCUCAUCACGAAGUAUGGAAUUAUGCCAAAGAAGUGCUUCCCUGAAUCUCACAGUUCAGAGGCCAGCAGAGCCAUGAACAAUGUUCUCAAUCACAAGUUGCGAGAAUUCUGUUGGCGUCUGAGAAAGCUAGUGGACAACGGGUCGUCUAAAGAGGAACUCACGGCCCAAGUGGAUGAGAUGAUCGAACAGAUCUACAGAGUCAUCAAUAUCUGCCUGGGCACUCCUCCUGAAACCUUCACUUGGGAAUUCAGAGACAAAGAGAAAAACUACCAUAAGAUUGGGCCCAUCACACCUCUGGAGUUUUACCAAGAGCAUGUGAAGCCUGUCUUCAACGUGGAAGACAAGGUGUGUUUGGUGAACGACCCCAGACCCUUCAAUUCCUACGGGAAGCUGUACACAGUGGACUUCCUGAAUAACAUGUCCAAUGCACGUCAGACUUUGUACAUUAACCAGCCCAUUGAGGUGUUGAAGAAGAUGGCAGCUGCUUCCAUCGCCGAUGGAGAGGCCGUCUGGUUUGGGUGUGAUGUCGGUAAACAGUUUAGCAGCAAGCUUGGAAUCAGCGACCCCAACAUCCUGAAUCGAGAGCUACUGUUCGGAGUGACUCUGAAAGACCUGGGGAAAGCGGAGCGACUGAUGUACGGGGAGUCCAUGAUGACUCAUGCCAUGGUUCUCACUGGCUUCACCGACAAGGGUGACGAUGAGGCAGAGUACGAGAAAUGGAGAGUGGAAAACUCAUGGGGGGAAGAAAGUGGGAACAAAGGUUACCUGAUCCUGUCGGACACGUGGUUCGAUGAGUAUGUCUUUGAGGUGGUGGUGGACAGGAGGUUUGUGCCGGCAGAGAUUCUGAAAGUACUGGAGCAGGAGCCCAGAGUGCUCCCGGCCUGGGACCCAAUGGGGGCUCUGGCGUGACGAAUGUUCUCACCUCGCAGGCACUCCAAAUACAACUCGUCUUAUCAGCUAGCUGCAGAUCGAAAUAUCUUAAUUCUUCCGUUUAGCGGGAACUUUUUUCUUCCGAUGGCGAACUAUUAAUGUGGGGUAAUAAAAUUUGUGGACUUCAAA